UAGCGUCGCAAAGUUGUGCUGCGGAAGACGGAUGCGAGGAAGAUGGCUGCGGUCAGAUAGCCCAGCGUUUGAACACAUUCCACCGUCAUGGAGGCUCUCCGGGUCAGAAUGAGCUGCAGGGGAGCACUGCUCGGCCUGGCGGUAGCCUUCCUGUGCUCUGCGGGCUCCGUGCAGAGUUUUGGACAGAGCCAAGACAGCGAGUUCACCUUUCUACUUCCAGCCGGAAGAUCCGAGUGUUUCUAUCAGACAGCAAUAAAGAACGGUACGAUGGAGGUCGAAUAUCAGGUGAUAGCAGGAGCGGGCAUGGACGUAGACUUCACCAUCCUGUCCCCUAACGGAGUGCGACUGAUCCUCGAGAGUCGGCGCUCUGAUGGAGUCCACGUGGUGGAGCCCAUGGAGGAGGGAGACUACGAGAUCUGCUUCGACAACAGCUUCAGCCGCUUCUCCGAGAAGAUGGUGUUCUUUGAGAUCAUCAUCGAGGGACAAGGAGGGGAUGUGGGAGGAGACGACGAGUUUCCAGGUUUAGAGGAGUCUGACGGGAGCCUGCUGGAGUACAAGCUGGAUGACAUCAGGGAGUCCAUGGACUCUCUGCACAAACGUCUGGAGCGCAGCCGGCAGAUGCAGACGGUCUUACGGGCUUUUGAGGCGCGGGACCGGAACCUUCUGGAGGACAACCUCUGGAGGGUCUCGUUCUGGUCGUGUGCCAGCAUGCUGGUGAUGCUGUGUGUGGCCUUUACCCAGGUUUACACGGUCCGCAAACUGUUUGACGAUAAGCGGAGGGUCUGCACAUAGAGGAAGCGUCCACGACCGACACGUUAGGAGUAGAUCGACUGUGAGCAAUAAUGACAUUUCAUUAAAUGACAAAGCAUGAGCAGAAGGCAAAGAGGUCUGACAAAGUGGAAGUCGGUUAGCUCAUUUCAUUACUGUGCCUUUUAAUGUCACGUCUGGCCGUAAACCAAUAAGGAACUGUGCGUCAAAGUGUAAAUGCAGUCCUACACCUCGAACUGGGUAAAGGUGUAGGGAUUUUUCGGUAAAAGGUAACAUAAGCGUGAGUAAAGGUCGACGGUCCGGCCGGAUGCCACGUUGCUGGUUCACAGAGGACAACAAUGUGCAAUAGUGUUGACUCUGCAGCUGCAUUGGUGUUUUAGUUGGUCUCAGAGUUGGUUCUGGGUUUUUUAAGGGUACUGAUUAUUAAUAUUUAGUUGUUUUUUAUGUGCCAGUUUUAUCUUGUGGCCAUGUGGGAAGAAGGGAAGAUUUCACAAUCUGACUGCCAAUAAUGUUCCUGCGUCCAAUCUCUUUCAUACGUGAACAAUGUAAACAUACUGACUGUUUGUGUUUUAACCUUCUAUCCUGUGUUUCUUUCAUAUGAAUUUUUUUUUUUUUUGUGCCGCUGGAUUUUGACUCCUCACACUUUGUUUACACGUUCUUUAAGAUAUAACAAAUCAGCUUUUAAUGAGAAAUAUUCAUGGUAAUAAAUGCAUCGUUUUACACUGAAA